AACACGAAUUUACGCUACAGAGUGCUGCUGAUAUCUCAACCGAACUCCCUCCAGCCUGUCAGGGUAGUUUGUCACAUUUUAUCCAAUCAGCGGGCGUAUGUUUUGUGCGUAUUGAAGCCUAAACCAAUCAUAUUUGAUCGGAGGCGGGACUAAAGGGUGCUAAGCGACUCGGAGGACAAACAAAACAACAGAAAACAUAAAAAAACGGAGAAGUUUGUAAAGACACUAAAUGGACGUCUUUGUUGACGAGAUGUUUGUUAGGUUGUGAGGUUUCAUUUAUAAGUUGCAUUAAAGGAUGUUUAACUUUUAACAAUUGUAAGUUUAAUUGAAUAUGGACAAAAUAAAACGUGUCAGUAAAUCAGUGAAAUGUUUGCUGAAUGAGGUCCAGUGUGUGUACAGAGAGAAGCUCAGGGACCUGGAGGGUGACAUUAAAGGCUCCCAAGAGGAGAUUCUGAGGACGAAGAUCCGGAUUCUGCACUCUUACGUAAAUGACCUGAGCGAUCAGAAUGGGAUCUUGGUCCACACAGUGGAAGAGCUGGAAAAAGAAGCAAACGAGAAGGUCUCUCGCUUGAAAGCGAAACUUCAGGCUUCAGAAGAAGGCAUCAAGGACUCGGACCAUCAGCGAAGGCGCCUGGAGGAAGACAACAAGUGCCUAAAAGCUGAGAUUCAGAAGCUGAAGGCUGACACCGGAGCCCUUACACGAGUCGUGCGAGAGGCUCAGCGUGCACGCGGCCUAGACGUCACAGGGCUGACAUUAAGGCCACAGACACCGGAGAGCGUCACAGACCAGUCAGCUCACAGCAGUCAGCUGCCGCAGAAGCCAGGUGACCUUAUGAAGGCUCAGGUGGAGGAUCUGCAGAAUCAGCUGAAGACCAAAAACAGGAUUAUUCAAAGUCUGGAAGAGGAAAUUAAGACACGUUUGUCCCACAGAGUUCAGGAGAAGAAUGAGGGCAACAGGGUUGCAGAAGCUCCAGAGGGGGUGUGUAAAGAGGAGGUGUGUAAGCCGAGCGUGGUGCAGAAGCGAACACACACACACACUGAGAUACACAGGAAGCAUCUGCACGAGACCAAGAAGCAGCUAUCAGAGCUGAAAAAGGAGUGUGAAGAGAAACAGAAACAAGUGGAGAAGCUGCAAGCAGGAACCACAAAGCGUGAAGUGCUGAUGAAGGAGAAGGCUGAGGAGCUUCAGAGAGCAAUCUCAGAGAAGAGAAACCUGGAGCUGGAGCUUGCCGUAAUCACAGAGAAACACAGAACGGCUCAACACGAGGCGUCCAGCCGAGAUCAGGCGAUUCUGCAGCUGAGGGCGGAGCUUCAAGUCACGGUGGAGAAAAACCAGGGAGUGCAGGAGGAGCUGGGGCUGCAGGAGGCUGAGGUCAGCAGGCUUAAUGAGAAGGUGAGGAAGCAGCAGGCCCACUUACAGGAGCUGAGAGAGAUGUGUCGCCACGGAAACGCCCGGAUGGACCACGAACAGCACAAAACACAACAGCUCCAGAGUCAGCUACAUCUCGCUCAGCAACAGCUGAAGCGGCAGGCCGAGCGGGCAGAGCGUCUGCAGGGAGAACUGACCGCGUCACGGCUCGACCACGCCACCGACGCCGAACGCUGGACUCAAAGGAACCUUCUCCUGCACAGAGAGGUCCAGCAGCUCCAGGAGCAGAACCUCCAGCACACUCAGAACCUCAGAGAACACGGCGAGAAACUCGCAGAGGCCGAGCACACGCUGCUCCUCGCCCAGAAGAAGGUGACGGAGUACGAGGAGAUCCUGAAGAAGCGCCACACGGAGAUUAGACUUCUGAACCAGAAGCUGGAGGAGAUCCAGGACCAAGUGCAGAAGAGCAGGAACUCAUCCCAGAGUCAACGUUCUGCUCUGGAGAUCUUCAAACAGAAAUACACCAGUGCCAUGGAGAAGGUCCUUCAGCUGCAGGUACAGAUCCAGAGGACGGAGGAAGAGGCGGAGCUUUCUCAGAAACAGAUGCUAGAGGCCCGAGCAGCUGAAAUGUCGAGUCUGGAGUCUCGCUACGAACACAAAGCGAAGGAGAAGGAGGAGGCCAUGGAGCUGCUCACGGACGAGCUUCAAGCAGCGCUGGAGGGAUUGAAGAGCCACGAGGAGAGAAACCUGCAGCGUGAGGAGGAGAUGGAGGAGUUACAGCUCAGGAUGGAGCUCCAGCACAAACAGGUCCAGAAGGAAGUGGCCGAGCUGCAGAACACGUGUCUGACUCUCCGAACCAGAAAUGAAGAACUGCAGAAGGUCCAUGACAAGCUGUGGAAAGUGACUGAGGAGAAGAACCAGAAGGAAAAGGAGAACCAGGUCAUGAGAUAUGAGCUCAAGCAACUGGGUCUUCAACUUCAGCAGCUUCUCUCUUUUUUCACAAAGACAGCUGAUGCUGUACUGGAGCAGGAAGACAGCGCUGUUUUCAUACCAUCGUUGCUCAGGAACACAGAAGAGCAGCUGAAUGACAAUCCUGAAGAGAAAGAGGACAUCCCUCAAUUCACCUGGAUACAGUCGACUGUAGACCAGCUUCGAGCCGAGGUCGAGCUUUUCCUGAGAUCUACGAUGAAAGCUGUAGAAGACGCAGCGGUGCAGCAGAGACUCGUCUGUGAGGCAGCAGGAGAAAGAGACGAGGCCAGAGAGCAGCUGCAGCAGCUGAAACACAAUUUGGAGGAAACCCAGGCAGAAAACACUCACCUUCAUCAGGAGAGAGAACAGCUGGUGACCAACAUCAACCUCUGGAUCAUCAAGCACAAGGCCGCUAACGAGAGUCUGGCUGCACGGAUCAAACAGCAGAACAAGCUUUUGACCAGCAUCAGUCUGGAGAGAGAGUGCGAACGCAAGGGCCGAGUGGACGAGCACCUGAGCAAAAUCAACCACGUCCAGUCAAGACUGAGGUCCAACAUGAGGUCUGUUACGCUGCUGAAUCAACAGUUGAACAGCAUGAGCGAGGAGAACAAGAGGAACAAGAAGCUACUGGAGAAGGAGCAGAAAAGGCGUUCACAUCUGGAGCAGUUUCUGGGACUGAGUGUCAAUCAGAGCUCAGUUCCUCUCUUUUCUCCUCCAUCCCUCCAUCCCUCAGACCUGGAGUUCGACCAGAUGGAGACGCAGCUCAGAGGAACAUGGGAGAAGAGAUCAAAAUCUGCUUUACAGUAGAGCCAAGUGUCUCCUUAGGCAUUAGCAAGAACCUACAGCUUUCACACAACGAGGUCUUAGACACGGACGAGACUACAAACGACCACUCAAGACUUUUUCACGUGGCUCACAGACAAACGCACAAAACACACACGAGCCACAUGGUUACUUUAAACUAUCUGAUGUAAACAAAAGCUCAUUGUUGCUUAAACGCCAGCGAGAUUGUAUUUAGCGUGAAGUAUUAAAAAAUAAAC